AUGAGCCAUUGGUGGCGAACUGACGAACUCCGAGCGCUCUUGCAGGCGUGGGAACAAUCAGUUCCCGUGCCUCGAGACCGCGACGAACUCCAGCGCCACGACCUCCAGCGGUUGUUCAAGAGCUUUAACGCUUUGCGGCCACGCGACGGGGCGCCCAUCACGAUUCGCCAAGUCGAAGCCCAGCGGCAGCGACUCGUGCGCACGUUCCUCUUUCUACGGGCUUUUAACAUUGAAAGUGCACGGGCUGGACGGCUAACGUGGUUCCAGCUCUCACCUCCGCAACAGGACGAUCUCCGUCGACUGAACGGCCGUCUCGGAGCCUUGGCAGCCGUGACCCCGGACGAAUUCGACCUGCUAGCACGGAUCUGCACACCCCCUCCUCCUCCUCCUCCACCUUCUUCAUCCCCAUCACCCCCUCCACCUCCGCCGCUAUCCCCGUUACCGCUUCCGGUACCAAUGCCAUUGGAACCGUCGAGUGGAAGCGGGAAAGAGCAAGGACCGAAAGCAAAAGACCGCUCAACGGCGGACGAGAUGACAGCAGCGGCUGAAGCGUUGGCGGGGUUGCCAAUGUUUCGGUCGAAUCAACUUGUGCCACCGGUACUGUCUUCGCUACCGUCUCCUGCUAAGCCAUUGAGACAAAAACAGCACCUGCAGCAGCAGGAGGUGCAGUUGGAGCAAGAAGAUAAACCACGAGAGAUUGAUCCAUCCGGAUCUGACGGUUCGUCGAGUGAGGAGGUAGACCCUGGACGUAGUAUCAAGACAAGGGGUCGCAAACAAAAAGAGUCGGACAUGGACUACACCCCUCCGAAAGCCAAGAGCAAAGGCAAGAUCAAGAACACCUCGAAGUGGUCAAACAGCGACGAGACGCGACUUAUUCUGGCGUGGCAUCAAGUCGUCACUUCGCUCGCAGACAAUGGAUAUGCUGGAUCGUAUGCUUCUCGGAACGAAGGCCUUCGACUGAAUUCGCUAAUCCAUCAGCGGUAUGUCGAACUUUGUGGCGAUGGAUGGAGCCCCGCCCGAACGAACCAGUCAACGGGUGCGAAGAAAUACGCCAUUAUGAUGGCUUUUCGGUCGCUGCGUAAUGUGCUUCGCACGUUGGCAUCGAUGAGUGAACGACCAAAUUGGUUUGGCAUGACGCCAGACGAAAGGAUGGAGCUGCAAAAGAAUCACGGCCACCAUCACGAACACACUUGUUUGAUCGAAAAAGAGACGUACCAGCAACUUGCCGAGAUCGAUCGAGCGCAACGAACCGUGUUGACUCCUAUUACUAAUGCACUCCGUGCUCCAUUGACACUAGAUGAAUUGCUACGACCGAAAAAGGCUGGAAAGAAAGGGACGAAAAAGAAGAACUCGAGGGGUCCUUCGACAGGUAACGUGAUGGCCGAACAAUCUUUGGACGAGGACGAGUCGUCGGAUGAUGAGGACAAUGCGUCUGUUCGCAUUGGUGAUAGGAGCGAGCAGUCGAGUCGGGCUCGGCCGGCCAGUACAGCGAGACGUUCUCGUCCAACAGUUGCACGGAAAAAUGGUCGCGAGCUGGACGCUGUCAAGCUCACCUCUUCUGUUAAACGUCGUCGAACGGGGUUGAGCGAUGCCAAGUGGGUCACGGGGUUGUUGAAUGCUCAAACGCAACGGUUCGAGUCACUUCUGGCCGAGUUCCAGGAGGAACGGCGGCAAGAGCGAAAGCACAAUUUGGAGAUCAUUCUUGAAGCACUCAAGCUACGGAAUGCGUUAGCCCAAAAGCCGAAGCAACCGUCGCGAUUUGCAGAGACGCUGGUGGAGAAGCAGCGCCAGCACAUGUUGAAGCUUUUCAACCAGCUGCAAGACGAACGCUCCCAAGAACGCGACCAGGCCCGGAUGCUCCUGCGCGAACUACGGCCAUCUCGUCUCGUGAGCCAGGAGCAGGAGCAAAACAAGGAGUAA